AUGUCACAAAAUUCAGGACCAUUUCUUGUUUCAUCACAUGGUCAUCCAGGUUUUAAUCCUCGACCACCACCACCACCACCACCACCGCUACCACCAUCAUCAUCAUCAUUAUCAACAUCAUCAAAACGAAUAAGUAAUGGUCUUAUAAGUGGUUCUAGUCCAGGUAAUACAUCUAUGGGACCUAAUAUAGGUCUUUCAUCAUCACCAUCACCAAUGCGAUCAAGUGGUUCAAUGGGUCCAAUGAAAACAUCUGGUAUUGGUAUAAAUCCAAUGGAUAAAUCUAAUACAAUGUCUUAUUCAAAUCGUUAUAGUCGUAAAGCAUGGCCUAUAUCACGUAGUAUUCAUGAUAAAAAUAUUCGUGGUCAUGAUGAACAUGAAACAUCAUAUCUUCGUCCAAAUAUUCCAAAUGCAAUUGAUAAUUUAAAUAAUUCAUCAUUUACAAUUGAACCAUCAACAGAUGAUGAUGAAUGUGAUGAUAUUUAUUUUUCAUCACGUCAUAUUGCUGCUGCACGUUUUCAACGUAAUCAACGUUUAUUAUGUGAAAUAUUUAAUGAUAUAUGUAUACCUGAUUUACGAUCAAAUAUAAAUGUUGAUCGUAUAUUAACAUUACGUCGACAAGUUGAUGCACUUAAAAUACAUCGUGAAACAUUUGAAAAAGAUUUAAAUGAAUUAGAAGAAAAACAUCAAGAUAAAAAACGAAAAUUUUUAGAUUUAAAUGAAAAAUUUCAUAAUGAAUAUUCAGAAGCAUCAACAAUAAAUUUAAGUCGUGAAAAAAUUAAUGAAAUUUUAUUAAAAUAUGAAACAAUGGAAAAAUUACAAAAAGAAAAACAAUUACUUUUACAACAACAACAACAACAGCAGCAACAACAACAAACUACUAUAACACCAUCACAACAAAUACCUCCAACUGUUCCACCACCACCAGCUAAAACUGAACCUACACCUACAGUAGAAGUUCCAGCACCACAACCACCUUCACAUCCUAUUCCAGCUCCAGUGCCACCACCACAACCUGUAUCAAUUCAAUUACCACCUGUACAACCAGUUCCAACUCAAUUACCACCUGUACAAUCAGUUCCAACCCAAUUACCACCUGUACAAUCAGUUCCAGCUCAAUUACCACCUGUACAAUCAGUUCCAACUCUAUUACCACCUGUACAAUCAGUUCCAGCUCAAUUACCACCACCAACUCAAAUGCCUCCUGUACCAUCAUCACAACCUGCACAAUCUCCAAUGGCACCUACACAAUCUCAUUUACCUCCACCACAGCCAACACCUGUUAUGCAACAAUUACCACCACCGCAACAAGUUCAACCUCCACAACAACAACCACCGCCACCACCACCACCACCACCUCAUCAAGGUUAUCCAAUGAUGCAUCAAGGAGGUGGUGGUUAUCCACCAGCUCCUGCUUAUGGUCAUCCACAACAAGCACAACAAUAUCGACCACCACCACCAAUGAAUCAACGUCCAGCACAAUAUCCGCCAAAUGUUCAAUGGCAACAACAACAACAACAACCACCGCCGCCGCAACAACAACAACAAUGGCAACCUAAUGCAUAUGAUCCUCGAUAUUACAAUCCAUAUCCUCCUAAUGUUCAGUGGUCACAACAACAACCACAACAAUGGCCAACAAAUCAACCUCCACCUCAACAACAACAACAACAAAUGGGUAUGAUGCAACAACAACAAGCACCACCACAAAUGCGUCCUCCACCUCAACAACAACAACCACCACCUCCACCACACAUGUAUGUUAAUGGUGUUAAUUAUGGCUAUGGUGGUGGUCCAGUCGGUUGGAAUGGUGGUCCACCACCACCUCCACAUCCAUCUCAACAAUAUGGUUAUCCACAAAAUCCACCUUAUGAUCCAUCAGGUGUACCAGGACCACCUCCACAGCAACAAUAUUAUCCACCACCACCACCACAAGGUUAUGAUUAUGGUCCACCUCAACAACAACAAGUUCCUCCUCCUCCUCCUCAACAACAACCACCGCCACCACAAAUGAACUGA